GCAGCGACACUACCAUCGAGCUCGGCCCAGCUACGUGAAGAGAGGCUGCCCAGAGUCCGUCGCCGCCCCGUCCGACUUUGUGACUGAUGAAAGUUAAAGACCAUGGAUGAAGAUGGGCUUGAACUACAACCACAUGAUCCACAUGCAUUUUUUGAUCCAACAGGAGCUGAUGGAACACAUCUGAAUGGAGAUGAAAUUGUAGUAGAAAUACAGGAAACUGUAUAUGUGUCAGAUGUGGAGGAUUCUGACAUAACUGUUCAUAACUUUGUCCCUGAUGAUCCAGAUUCUGUAGUUAUCCAAGAUGUCGUUGAGGACGUUGUUAUUGAAGAUGUUCACUGUCCAGAUAUCAUGGAAGAUACAGAUGUAUCUCAAACUGUUAUUAUACCUGAACCAGUGCUGGACACUGAUGUCACUGAAGAAGUGUCUUUAGCACACUGCACUGUUCCUGAUGAAGUUUUAUCCUCUGAGAUCACAGCAACAGCAAUGUCAGUACCAGAGCAUGUACUUACUAGUGAGUCAAUGCACAUACCUGAAGUUGGACAUAUGGAACAUGUAGUUCAUGAUCAUAAUAAUGUUGUAGAAGCAGAAAUUGUUGCAGAUUCUCUGGAAGAGGAUGUAGUUUCAGAAGUAUUAGUAGCAGACUGUGCCUCUGAAGCUGUAAUUGAUGCCAGUGGAAUACCUGUGGGACAUGAUGAUGACAAGGGCAACUGUGAAGAUUAUCUCAUGAUUUCCUUGGAUGAUGCUGUCAAGACAGAAAAUGAGAGUUCUGGGGAAAUAACUAUAAAAGCUGAGUCAGACAGUGAUCCUUGUAAAAUGGAUGGUAUUUGUCCAGAAGUCAUCAAAGUCUAUAUUUUCAAAGCUGAUCCUGGAGAAGAUGAUUUGGGAGGCACAGUAGACAUUAUGGAAAGUGAAUCCGAAAAUGACCAUGGGGAGACAUUAAUUAAUCAAAAUAGCAGUGUUCGUAUUCCAAGGGAAAAAAUGGUUUAUAUGACAGUAAAUGAUUCUCAGCAUGAAGAUGAAGAUUUAAAUGUUGCAGAAAUUGCUGAUGAGGUCUAUAUGGAAGUCAUUGUAGGAGAGGAGGAUGCUGCAGCUGCUCAUGAGCAGCAAAUUGAUGACAGUGAAAUUAAAAGCUUUAUGCCAAUUGCUUGGGCAGCAGCCUAUGGUAAUAACACUGAUGCAGUUGAAAACCGGAAUGGUACAGCAAGUGCCCUCUUGCACAUAGAUGAAUCUCCUGGUCUUGGGAGAUUAGCAAAACAAAAACCAAAGAAAAGGCGGAGGCUGGAAUCUAGACAAUACCAAACAGCAAUAAUAAUUGGGCCUGAUGGGCAUCCUUUGACAGUCUACCCCUGUAUGAUUUGUGGCAAGAAGUUUAAAUCCAGGGGCUUCUUGAAAAGGCACAUGAAAAAUCACCCUGAGCACCUUCUUGCCAAGAAAAAAUACCGAUGCACUGACUGUGAUUACACUACAAAUAAAAAGUUAAGUUUGCAUAACCAUCUGGAGAGCCACAAGCUUACCAACAAAACUGAGAAGUUAAUUGAAUGUGAUGAAUGUGGGAAAAGUUUCUCUCAUGCAGGAGCUUUGUUUACUCACAAAAUAAUGCACAGGGACAAGGCAGCAAAUAAAAUGUACAAGUGCAAAUUUUGUGAGUAUGAGACAGCAGAGCAGGGAUUACUGAAUCGUCAUCUUCUGGCUGUACACAGCAAGAACUUUCCUCAUAUUUGCGUGGAAUGUGGCAAAGGAUUUCGGCAUCCAUCAGAGCUCAAGAAACACAUGCGAAUCCACACUGGUGAAAAACCCUACCAGUGCCAGUACUGCGAGUACAGGUCUGCUGACUCUUCCAACCUGAAAACUCAUGUAAAGACUAGGCACAGUAAGGAAAUGCCUUUCAAAUGUGACAUUUGUUUUCAGAUAUUUUCAGAUACCAAAGAGCUGCAACAGCACAUCAUUAUGCAUCAAGAAAGCAAAACGCAUCAAUGUCUGCACUGUGACCACAAAAGCUCAAACUCAAGUGACUUAAAACGGCACAUAAUUUCCGUUCAUACAAAAGAGUACCCCCAUAAGUGUGACAUGUGUGACAAAGGCUUUCAUAGGCCAUCAGAACUGAAAAAACAUGUUGCUGUGCACAAAGGCAAAAAAUUGCACCAGUGCAGACAUUGUGACUUUAAGAUUGCAGAUCCGUUUGUGCUAAGCCGCCAUAUUCUCUCAGUUCACACAAAAGAUCUUCCGUUCAGAUGCAAGAGAUGUAAGAAGGGGUUCAAGCUACAAAUAGAACUCAAAAAACACAUGAAAACACACAGUGGUAGAAAAGUUUAUCAGUGUGAGUACUGUGAGUAUAGCACUACAGACGCCUCAGGUUUCAAACGGCAUGUUAUUUCCAUUCAUACAAAAGACUAUCCCCAUCGUUGUGACUUCUGUAAGAAAGGUUUCCGAAGACCCUCAGAGAAAAACCAACACAUUCUGAGACACCAUAAAGAUGUUGGCUUGCCAUGAGGACUCCUCCAGAUGUUAUAAAUUUGGGGAUGGUGUGUAAAAUGUUGCUCUCUAGACAGUCGUAUUUUAAA